UAUGGAAAUAAACUGUCAUACGGCGGCACGUAGCGGUGCUCCGAUCCGCGGUGGAGUCCACGAGGGAGCGACGACGGCCGUCAGGUCGUCCGCCGCGCGACAUACACGAUGAUAUAGUCCUCGUCCCGGCGGACCCGCGUUGCGAGGAAAAAGAAAAACAGGAAGCGAGAAAGAGAGAGAGAGAGAAGAGUGACCAGAGCAAGCAUUCGUCAUGUUCCACUACCUGCAUCUCAGGAGUCGUUUUCUGCAGACCCUGAUCCUCGCGCUGGUCGGCCUCACCUUCUACGCGUAUUACCGCACCGCCGUGUAUGAUGUUCGCCAGUACAGCUUGCCACGAAACACCAGUUACCCCGCGUACCAGGAUGGCCCUCACGCACACGUGAAUCUCAGCCAGUCGAGAAACUCGACUUCGGACGGCAUGUCGCUGAACCCGUACGCAGCGCACAACGCCAGCAACAGUUCCUUGAUCUUCGUCACGACGCUGUCCACGUCCUCCAGCGCGCAGUCCUCGUCCUCGUCGUCUUCCGUGAGCACGCUGGUCGGCUCCAAGCAGAGCGGCGCGAACGAGAGGCCCCAGAUGGCGAGAGCCGCGAACGUGACCAGGUCGGCGCCGAUCGUGGCGGUUCGCAACGACUCGGCGCGCGCCAUCUACGAGGCCGGGCACACCGUGUCGAUCCCCGAGCGCUGCCCGCACCUCGGCGGGGACAUGGACCUGGUGGUGAUCGUCAUGUCCGCGCCGACCCACCUCGAAGCGCGAACGGCGAUCCGGCAGACCUGGGGCCACUUUGGCCAGCGCAGCGACAUGAGCGUGCUCUUCAUGCUCGGCACCACCUUUGACGCUCGGGUGGAGGCGAUCCUGCGCAAGGAGCAGAAUAUGUACAACGACGUUAUACGCGGCCGCUUCCUCGACUCGUACUCUAAUCUCACGCUCAAGACCAUCUCGACGCUGGAGUGGGUCGACACCUAUUGCCCCAAGGUGAAAUAUCUGCUCAAGACCGACGACGACAUGUUCAUCAACGUGCCACGACUGCUCGCGUUCGUGUACAAGCACGCAAAGGAUCGAAACGUGAUAUUCGGCCGGCUGGCCAGGAAGUGGAAGCCGAUCCGGAAUCGCAAGAGCAAGUACUACGUGUCGCAGGCGCAGUUCCAGCAGCCCGUGUUCCCGGACUUCACCACCGGGCCGGCGUACCUGCUGUCGAGCGACACGGUGCGCCGUCUGUACGACGCCGCCCUGGACCAGACGUACCUGAAGCUCGAAGACGUGUUCACCACGGGCAUCGUCGCGCACCGGCUCGGCAUCAGGCGCUCCCACGCCAACGAGUUCCUCAACAAGCGGAUACAGUACACCGCCUGCAACAUCCAGCGCGGCAUCAGCAUACACAUGGUCAAGUACAGCGAGCAAUUUGACCUGUGGAAGAAGCUGCUCGACGGUAAGAGUAAGUGUAAGAGAUAACCGGCGAGGCUGAAGGCGACGAAGGUCCUACGCUUGACCCUGGCGAACCAAGUGGUGCGAUCGUUACCGCCUUAAUGCGAUUCGAGUGCCGGUUUAAAUGCGCACCACGGCUGGACGGCAGCCGUCGUUUCACUGACGACCUCGCGCACGCACGCAUACAUUCGGUUCAAGUGCCAAUGAGUGGCUGGUAGACACACACACACACACAUACACACACACGUGCGCGAGCGCGCACACAGAGAGGAGACUACAGUGAGAAAUUGUGUGCCGCGGCACGGCAUAGAGAUCUCGUCGCUUGAAUUUUUACACGAUGCACCCAAUCGUGUCACCCAGUUAGGUUUUUCUCACAGAGGUCGAACGAAAGUGAUAACUCCUCGUUCCGGAGGGAUCCCCGGAGGCUGGAAGACAGAGUCCGUGUCACUUUGUAUCUUUUAUAUAUAUGGUAUAUAUAUAUAUA